AUGGGCCCACCUAGCAAGAAUGUCCGUACAAUCUCACAAGAAGCUUUCGAUGAACUAGUAAAAGAGAACAUAGAAGAUCUAGGUAUGGACCCCACAGAAGCCCUUGAAGAUGCAAUCCAAACUCUCACUCUUCAAGGCGUUGAUCUCUCAGGGAUUGUGACUUGUGUACCAGGAGAGGCGAAUGUGAGGGAGAAUCCGGUCAUUAACUGUUUGGAGAGAUUGAAGGAAGUGGGAUUUGAUAACCAUGGUUUGGAUGAGAUGGUGGGGCUGUUUGAUCAGUUGGUUGGAUUGUUUAGUGGCGUUGAAGGAUCUGGGAACGUUGCAGUUGGUGUUAGAAAUGGUGGGGUGGAGUUAGUUUGUUCUAUUUGCUCCAACAUUCCUAUUGGGUCUGAGAAAGUUCUCGUUUCGGCUUUGAAAACGUUGGCAUUGUUGAUUCAUGAUCUUCAAAGUACUGAAACGUUUCGGUCUAGUGAUGGAACAAAAAUGGUGGUUGGUAUUUUAAAGGACGGAAGUGAAAGUUUAGACAUCUUAAAUAGUGGGUUUGCUGUUGUUGCUGCAGCGGCAACUGGCAAUGAGGUUGUGAAAGAGUUGUUGAUGGAGUUGAAAAUUGAUGAGCUUAUUUUGGAAGCACUGAGUACACAGAGUCAAGGCAACAUCCAAGGUCUAUAUGAUUCUAUACGUGUUCUCUUGACACCUGAUGAUAAUCGUGUUGUGGCAUCCCAAGUUUAUGGUUAUGCACGAAGAUUUGCCAAAAUUGGAAUUGCUGGAGCUCUUGUGGAAUCAUUACUGGCAGGGCUUACCUCACCCAGUUUGGUUUCAGCAAGCAUCGCUUUGAAGGCUGUUGCCGUUAAUGAUGAAAUAUGUAAAUCCAUUGCUGAAAGUGGUGGCAUUGAUGCCAUUCUGAAAUGUAUCGAUGACAGUGGCGAACAAGGCAACAAAAUCGUUGCUAGAACUUGCUGUUCUUUGUUAUCCAAGUUAGCAGGAAGUGAUUCAAAUAAAAGUGUUAUUGUUGAGAAGGAGGGUAUGAAUAAGCUAAUUCAACUCUCAGCCAGAUUUUCUGAUGACGUUUCUGUUCUGCAAGAGGUUAUGUCCAUAUUUACAGUGCUCUGUUUAAGAUCUCCAGAUAAUUCAGCGCGUGCCAUGGAAGCCGGAGCUGGAGAUCUUGCUAUCCAAGCCAUGGAGAAGUUUUCUACUGUACCACAAUUACAGAGAAAUUCCUGUCUAAUGAUCCGUAAUCUUGUUGUGAGGAACCCCGAGAACAGAACUCUUCUUCUUAGUCAUGGCAUCGAGAAAAUUAUAAGAAGGGCAAAGGUAAACCACGAAACCUGCAAGAAUGCUGCCACUGAUGCUCUGAGGGAUUUGGGCCUUGAUAACUAUAAUUCAUAG